AUGGCUCGUAAUUCAGAAAAAGCUAUGACAGCAUUAGCUCGUUGGAGACAAUUACAAUUAAAAGAACAAGGAAAACUUCGUGUUGAUCGUCGUCCACAUUUAGCUAGUGAAGAAUUAAAUGUAAAAAAAGCUGAGAAAUGGCGAUAUCAAGUUGUACGUGAAAUAGCUCGAAAAGUAGCACAGAUUCAAAAUGCCGGUCUUGGUGAAUAUAAAAUUCGUGAUCUUAAUGAUGAAAUUAAUAAACUGCUACGUGAAAAAUCUCAUUGGGAAGAUCGUGUGAAAGAACUUGGUGGGACGGAUUUUAAAAAAACAGCACCAAAAAUGCUUGAUAAUGAAGGAAAGGAAGUACCUGGUAAUCGUGGUUACAAAUAUUUCGGUGCUGCAAAAGAUUUACCCGGUGUACGAGAAUUAUUCGAACAAGAAGGAGUAUCACAACCAAAAAAACAUCGUGGUGAAAUGUUAAAAAAUAUUGAUGCAGAUUAUUAUGGUUAUAUGGAUGAUGAUGAUGGUUUACUUAUUCCAGCUGAAGAAAAAUGUGAAAAAGAAGCAAUUAGAAAAAAAAUUGAAGAAUGGAAAACUACUGAAAAAAAAGAUGUUGAAAUGGAUGAAGUCUAUGUUGUACCAGAAAUGAAUUCUGACGAUGAAGAUUAUGUUGUUGGUCGAGCAACUCGACCAGAGAUUGAUGUUGCAUCCAAAGAUCAUGUAUUUAUCGCACAUGUACCUGUUCCUAGUCAAAAAGAUAUUGAACGUGCAUUAUUAGAUCGGAAGAAACAAGAAUUACUUGCUAAAUAUGUAUCUGAUGAUCUUUUGAAAGAAGAACAAGAAUCAAAAGAUUUACUUGGAAAAUAA